AUGGGUGCACUCAGUGUCCAUUCUACUAAGAAGGAAUUGGACUUUCUUCAACUGAGGCAGCAACUCAAACAAUGCAUCAGAAACAAUCAUGCCAAGGAGGUGGUGUAUGUUUGUGACGGCUCGAUUGAUAAGAAGAACAAGUUGCCUUGUGACAACUUCGGAUCCUUCUUUGGCCCCUCGCAGCAUUCCAUUGCACAAAGACUGAUCGAAGAAAGCAAAUCUUUAAUGCCGGAGUUAAAGGUUUUGGCAUCCAGGGUUCUUAAAAAUUCCCAAGACAAGGGUAAAAAGAGCCUCAAGAUUCCUGCCUCGGCCACAACAAAAUCUCGUUCGACGGAUUUGAAACUCAAGUGUAAAAGCAUCAAAGAGUCCCGGGAUUACUCGUUUUUGUUCUCAGACAAUGCCGAAGUUGCGAAAGCUUCAAAAGAAGAGCCUGCACUUGGUAAAGAUUCUGCCUCAGAGCCGAGUGAAGAAAGAGAUUUGAAGACUGUAAGAAAGCAAAAUCUGGAAGAGAAAGAGAGACUAGUUCAUGGGAAGAGACAUCAGAUGCCAAAGAAGCAUUCUUGUGUGAUGAAGGCGAAAGAGAGACGUCGUAAGCGCUUCAGGGAGAAGGAGGAGGAGGAUGAUGAUUUUGUGAUGGUGUCCACCUUUGAUGACAUUCUAAGAGAAGAGAGGAGAAGUGGAAAAAUUGCCAGAAAGGAGGAUGAAAAAGAGCGGCUACUGAUUCUGCAAGAAGAGAAGCAAGCUAGGUUGAGAAAAGCAAAGAAGCUGAGAGCAUCCAAAAUCUGA